AUGGGGUCUACCACCGAAUCUAUCAAUAUGCCCAAGUUGACACUCUAUCGAGCUAAUGGAUCCUGCUCUCUCAUUCCUCACGCAAUUCUUCGUCACUACAAGAUCCCCUUUACUGCAGUUCGACUCAAGUUCGGACCCAAUGGAGUUGAGGCAGUUGACGGGAGCUUCAGCAACGCUCAGUAUCGAUCUAUUCACCCUAGAGGAUAUGUACCGGCUCUGACUACUGACGACGAAGUCAUCACCGAGAUGCCGGCCAUUCUGAGCUAUAUAUCCUCGCUUGUCCCUGAGGAGAAACUAUUUGGGAUUGGCACCGUUCAACAAGCUAAGGUUUUGGAGUGGCUUGUCUUUCUAUCGGGCACACUGCACGGCCUUGGAUAUGGAGCAUGGCUGCGUCCUGGGAGGUUCAGUGACGAUGUUGCAGACCACAAGAGGAUUCGUGCCAAGGGAAGGGAGGUUAUUCAUGAAUCUUUUAAGAGGAUAGAUGAUGCGCUGAAGAAUCGGGAGUAUAUCGUCGGAAAUGCUUUAACCUUCGUGGACUUCAACGUCUACAUCUUUGCUCGUUGGGCGCAUGAGCUCGAGAUUGAUUUGGAGAGAGAGUACAGUCAUUACUAUGAACAUGUCAGAAAGAUUGAGAGGAUGAAAGGUGUUAUAGAGGCUGUUGAAAAUGAGGGACUCAAGUUUGCAUUUCCUUAG